UCGUCAACUACUUGUGAUUAUAUACGUGAACGAACGGCCAUUAUUUUUCGCAAGCUGACGACUAUUGAUCAAUUUUCUCCAUCUUUCCAGCGUUUUCCUGCCGUGGUGGUUGCUUACCAUGGCAUGGUUUGUAGUUUUACUGGCAGUUCUUUUAGUGCAGUGUGGUUCAGCUGUAUUAUUGGAAUCGUAUGAACCUGCUUACAUCCAAGAUGCCAACCCAUCCUUCAUGUGCUUGGCCAAGAAUGUCAGUGAUAUCUCAGGUCGUGUGUACUCUCAUCUGGAUGUAGAGAGAGCACCCUAUGCCCCCAACAUGGACUGCCUGUUCACCAUCAAUACGCAGCCAGGACGACGAAUCAACCUACGCUUUGAUUUCUUUGACCUGGCACCUGGAUUUGAUCGGGCCAGUAAUAGGUGCCGAUCUGAUGCAGACAGGUUCAUGGUUUACGAAUCUGACAAGGACUUUGUCAUCAAGAAUGACAUUCUCCAGCCGGAGGUGACAUACUGUGGUGGAACAGGCAAGUUCCCCAAGGAUUACCAAUCCUAUGGCAACAUUGUGACCAUCCGCUUUCUGACAGAUGGGCUGAGCUCCCCGGAUGCGGGCGUCAAGUUGGUUUACACAUCCUACAAGCCUCCACAAGAGGGAUCUGAUGACUGUUUCCGAUGUGUGGACGACAGCAUGUGUAUUGAUGAAGAGCUGACUUGUAACGGCGUGCCCAAUUGCAACGAUGACUCGGAUGAAGCCGAUGCAUUGUGCCGUGAGGAACUGAGUAACUUCUUGGAGAUCAUAAUUGAGAAGCUUGGUGUUGGUGUGGUGGCUACCAUCGGCGCUGCAAUUGGCCUUCUCAUUCUCAUCAUCUUCAUCACCUGCAUUGUCUGCUGCUGCUGCUGCAAGAAGGGUGGGGAAGAUGACCAGAAGCAGUACCGCACACCCCCCACCCCCCGGCCAGGAUCCUACCCCUCCCACAACUCCAAUUACUCCUCCUAUUCCUCCUCUGCCUCUACCACCAACGGUGGUAUGCAUCCGAUGCCUGGUCUGCACAGCAGGAUGUAUGAGGGUCUCCAUGGGAUGAAUGGAGGUGGGAGUAUCAAUGGAAGUAUCAAUGGCAUGAAUGGAGUAGGUUCCCUGCCUGACCAUCAUCGCCACCACCACCACCAUGGCCCACCCCAGCCCUGCCACCCCUACCCCCACCAGCAUAGCAUGAAUGGGCUUAACAGGACCCCCUACCCCAACUACCCACCCACCUACCCAUCCCUGCCCAGUGGUGGCUCACUGCAGAAUGGUGGCUACAGCGUAGCAUACAAUCACGACAAUGGACGCAUGGAGUUCCCCCACAAAGUCUAAAUAAAAGCCAGACCAUUUGAAUUUAUUUACCGUAUAAAUUAUUAAAGGGAUCAAGUGUGUACACCACGACAAGAAAACUUCACAGGGUAUUUAUUGAAUGUAAAAUUAUUAGUGCUUGGGAUUUGUAAGCAAACGCCUAGGUAUUUAGCGAAAUGCCAUCUGAUAGGCCAAUGCAAGUAAUGUAGUCUUAAGAAUUUCUUGUUGUGGUCCUUCCCAUGGCAAGCAGCUGACCCAUAUACUGUGGUUAAUAACCUGUGAUACUCAGCGGUGUUUCCAGCUUUUUAUGCCAGGGAGGAGGGGGAAAAAUUAAGACUGUACUGUAUCGACAUCUGAACCAUCUUAAAACCAUCUUUGUAGAAUACUGUUGUUUUCUGUUUUAUGACUUCAUCAAAAUGGGCAAGUCCCCCCCCCCCCCCCUCCCUCAAGACUGGAUACGCCACUGUUGGUAAUUCUGUGGUAACUACUUCAGUGGUUUACAAGCAUUUUUCAAGGAACUCCUCAUUCUGCCCCUGUUUUAUUUGUUGUCAUAAUUUACCUUGUUUGGUUGUCUUUACAAGCAAAGUGGCCCUUAUGUGGUCUGGAAAGGUACUGCCCAUAAUUGGACCUGUGGCCAAAAAUAUAAAGUGACUGGAUAAGAUUGGUACAUGUACAUGUCAUCCCUGUGCAUAUGGUGAUUGGCCAUGCUGGACAGGUUCUGUGUUAUCCAUGAGUACUAGACUCUGCCUAGUGAUUCAAGUAGACCAGUGCCCCUGAUUUGUGUCCAUGUUCUAUGGCCAUGUAUGGUUGAUGGCCCAAGUCGAAAGUUGAUGCACAAUCCAGGAUUGUAUAAAAUAUCAAACAUUAGACUGUUGUCACAGUGAACAGUGUUAGUAGCGUACUAGUGGCUGGAAUUUGUAUGUUCUACAUAUGUGCAGAUCUGAAUAUGAUCAUUCCCGUCACAAAGGUACUGUGGACAUAGCACUUAGCAGUAGGUAGGAAGUAAAAAGAACCUUUUCAAACCAAAUUUUACCUCUUAAGAACAAACACCUUUCUUUUUUUUUUACUGACAUGUUUGUUUUAAUUUUCCAAUUUGAGUGAGAAUAAUGACUCGGUGUUUAUCACUUAUCUGAAAUAGAUUUUGUUUAAAAGUUUCGAUUGGGUAAAGUACUUAUAAAAUAGCACAUUCAUCCUUCUAAUAAUUAAAUAAAAUGUUGAUACAACAUAACCAUAGAUUUAUAUCCCCUCUUUAUUUUUUUGCCAAUCAAUCUGCAAUCUUGGUCUGCCCUAAAUUUGGAACAAUUUGAACAUUUUUAAACAUAUUUUUCCCAUGUUGGUACGGGUACAGUAAUUAUAUAUCCAUGCUUAAUUCUUACUGAUGAUUAAAAAAAAGUAUUGAUUUAUUGAAGUGUUUUAAUCUCAUAGAAAUUGAAAUUACUCUUUCCUGUAGUCCUAGCAUACUUUUGUGAUUUUAAUACAUCCACUGGAUGCAUUUCUAAUCAGAACUAUUAUCUAACUACAGUAGAUAUUACUGGCUGUUUAUUUGUGCGCUUUUCUUAAUAAUUAUUUAUUAUGCAAGUUCAUAAUUUGGAGUGGAUCAUUCAAUUAUUUAUGAAAGCAAACAUGACCUCAUGACAUCUGUUUACAUCAAUGUAAUUUAGAGAUGUUUCAAAUAUGAUUCUGAAGUUGCAUUUUGUGACCACCAUCUGGUUUUUUUGAAUUCAUUUUUAUUUUGCUGUAGAAGUACUACUUAUCUCCUCAAUUUGGACGCCCAAAACUCCAGCCAUGCAUUUUGUAGUAUGUAUUAACUAAGGGCCAGGGGUUUUUUUUUGGCAAAUAUACUUUGUAUAGAUUUACGAUGCUGAAUUUCAGUGAUGAAAAAAAGUGUAUUCAAUGAUUAUAUUUGGAAGCUCGUAUUUAUGGGUCCAGAGAUCUUGUUUCAUUGUGGUUACAUGUAUGUCAUCCGGGAAAAAAAUAUAUAUUUCACUUGAUGUGUUUCUUUGAAGCUCAUGUUGGACGUUAUGGGAAUUAACCUUUCAGGUUUAAGCAGUCAGACCGAUUGAGAUAGUUUACUUGCAUGUAACACCGAUAUAAGCACGUUUUGUUCAGUAUUUGAAUACAUUUUUAAAUAGAAAGUAAAUUCUUUUGUACAAUACGAUGAACUAAUUCAAUAUGAAAUAAUUGUAGCUUACUGCUUUUCAUUACAAACCUGAUCACGUGUAUGUGUGUGUACUUGUUAGGUAGGAAAUGCAUGCUUAUAGAAUUUUUAUAAAUUGAAGAAUCUUUAUGAUUCGUAGUUCAAGAUCAUGGACAAAAAUGUCCUGUAUGUUUAGUCAGCAAUUACAAAGCAUAGUCUAAGCUCACAAAUUAGUAAAGCAGUUUUAAUGCUCAUUACUUUUGUAUUCAUUUGUAUUUUAUUGUAAAUUAAUGUAACCCCAUUUUAAAAGUAACCUUUGUGUUUUUAUAGCCUGCGUUGUAUUCAUGUCUUCUGUAAGACAAAAUCAUGUGUAAAAGUUAAGUUUAAAAGUACUUGAAUACCUGAUAUAAAAGUAGGUAUAUACUCUGUGUGAUAAAGUGUUAGAAGCGUCAAUAAACUAGUAGACUAUAUCAAAGGAUAUAAUAGUAAAAUGUUAGUAUUAAUCAGUGAUUUGUUGAGAGUAUGUUUUGAAUCCGUGAGUUUGGAAAAGGGCUCUUUCAAGAUCUUUGAUUUCCUUUCAAUACUGUACAUGUGAACAUCGAAUUGUGAAAGUGCAAUUCAAGUUUGUAUCAAACCUAAUCCUGACGGUUCAUGUCUGCCAUGGAAUCUCGAUAUGAAAGCUCGGUCUUUUAAUCUCACAUCAGACAUGAUUCCAAACCAAUAAUGAAGGAUAACAUUGUAAAUAUGUGUAGAAUGUUUUCAAGGCGACAGUAUUGAAAUAAUGUGUGUGAAGAUUUCUCGCUACUUUGUCGAGCAAACCACUGUAAAGACGUGACGUCUUCUCUACAAUGAGGUGAAAUAGGUAAUCCUGCUUAAACCAAUUGCACUAAAGUGUGGAUCUUGUUAAACUCUGAACCCUUGGCAGCCGUUUCAGAAGGCUUCUCAUUUUGCCGUUCACUCAGUGGGAUUCAUCAGGUUUUCAAGAAAGCCAAAGUGAAUACAAUGUAAUUACAUUAAGAUUGGAUGCCGAAUUGUGGUCCGAUGCUUUGUAACCUGGCAACCACAUUACAAUUGCCCCCAUCGUAGCAUUAGGACAAGAUGGUAAAUUUUCUGCGUUUUUGAACAGCUUCACAAUCGAAUUGUUGCAAGAACAUAUGGACUUCUUCCAUGCUUUGUGGAAAUUAUGUGUUAAGCAAAAAUCAGCAGAGAACUGGUCACAUGCCAUAACUAUGUAGAUUGCACGACAGUUUGCUGGUAACCGUUUGCUUGUUAGAUAAAUGUUUCGUCACUUUGGUGCGCGCGAAUUGUAAACGAGGCAUUUUACAUUCGCGUGUAUAGUUGUAGUAGAAAGGCACUGUUGUUAAAGCUACGUACGCAUUUUGAGUGUUUUCGCUGUGUAUGCAAAAUGAAACAAAACUGCUUUGAGUGUGGUUCAUAAAGAUUUGCGGCUCAGCUCAAACAGUUAUGACUGUUAGCAGUGUCUAUGCAGGAAUACACGACACGAUACAGAGCGGCGUGUGCAAUGUCAACGCACAACUACAUUAAAAUGAUAGGCUAGGCCUAUAUUGUUUUUAUCUCAAAUUUAUUUUAAGGAUGUCAAUGUAAAGUGUACGUAGUUUCAGCGUAACGUACGUAAUUGCAAAUUAACUGCUGUAUAAAAAAUGGCGUUUUGUGCAGUAAUGGUGAUAUGCACAAAUAAAAGUGUCAACAAACGAAA